GUGUCCAAACUCCAAAUCCGGACCAUCCUUAAGCCAGAAACCAAAACCAAAACCAAAACCAAUUGGCGAACCCUUUUCUCCUUCUCUCUCUACAAUUUAACCUUCUGCGAAAUUCGUCAUUCCUCUCUUUCUUCCUCUCUCUCUCUCUCCAUCAUAGAAAAAAUGCAGUCCAUAUCCAGGCGAUUAACUCAUCAAUCGUUCAAUACUUCUUCAGUCUCAUCUUUGAAGUCGCUUUAUUCCAUUUCUGAUCCUCGUUAUGGUGUUGAUCAUCCUAGGUAUGGAUCUACUAUCGCCACUAAAGGUGUUGGUCACCUAGUUAGGAAGGGUACUGGUGGAAGAUCAUCUGUUAGUGGCAUUGUUGCAACAGUAUUUGGAGCAACUGGGUUUCUUGGACGUUACCUCGUACAACAACUUGCUAAGAUGGGGAGUCAAGUUUUGGUUCCUUUUCGUGGUUCUGAGGACUCUCCUCGCCAUCUUAAAUUGAUGGGUGAUCUUGGACAGAUUGUACCUAUGAAAUAUGAUCCACGGGAUGAAAGUUCAAUCAAAGCAGUGAUGGCAAAGGCUAAUGUUGUUAUUAAUCUUAUUGGAAGGGAAUAUGAAACAAGAAACUUUAGCUUUGAGGAAGUCAAUCAUCAAAUGGCUGAACAACUUGCUGUGAUUGCCAAGGAACAUGGUGGUAUCAUGAGAUUCAUUCAAGUUUCUUGUCUUGGGGCAUCUCCAAAUUCAGAAUCUAGGAUGCUGAAAGCCAAGGCUGCAGCAGAGGAAGCUAUCUUAAGAGAACUUCCAGAAGCAACUAUAAUGAGGCCUUCUACUAUGAUUGGUACAGAGGAUCGAAUUUUAAAUACUUGGGCACAGUUUGUGAAGAAGUAUAGUUUUCUUCCAUUAAUAGGGGAUGGAUCAACCAAGAUGCAACCUGUUUAUGUGGUUGAUGUUGCUGGUGCAAUUGUGGCUGCUCUGAAAGAUGAUGGCUCAAGCAUGGGAAAAACAUAUGAACUUGGAGGGCCUGAUGUCUUCACAGUGCAUCAGUUGGGAGAGCUUAUGUUUGAAAUGAUUCGUGAAUGGCCCCGAUAUGUGAAAAUACCAGUGCCAAUUGCAAAGGCCCUUGCUUCUCCUCGAGAAAUUUUACUCAACAAAGUUCCAUUUCCUUUACCUAGUCCAACAAUAUUCAAUCUGGAUCAGAUCUGUGCCCAAUCUGUAGAUACAGUAGUAUCAGAUAAAGCUUUAACAUUUGCGGAUCUUGAUAUUGCCCCACACAAGCUGAGGGGAUAUCCGGUUGAGUAUCUUUCAUGUUACCGGAAGGGAGGGCCACAAUUCGGGUCUACUAUCAGUGAAAAAGUUACACCCGAACCUUGGCCUUGAUAUGUUCUAUCAACUUAAACGUUUUUUUUGUAGAAAUUCUUGCAUCAACUGUGAUUUCGAAUGCAGAGCAUUAUGUGAAGCAUUCAUAAUCUCCGUACUCUGAUUUUGAAUGCAACCCACAUUAAUUUGUUUAGAUUUCUUCUUGUGUCAUCUUCCAUACGUUAUGUGGUAGUUGAGAGUUGGAACAGUACAAAUUUUCGGUGCUGGCCGUCUUUUACAUCA